AUGGAAAAAUUCCAAACGGAAAAUUACGUCGAAGCAGAUGAAUUCUCAAGGUGGCUACUCUCACUCGUCCAUCUGGCCCUGGAUGAAGGGCUUCGACUCGGCCCAGCGGCCAUUUUGCCGGAGGUUGCAAUUCGUCGCGUAGUAACACUAGUGUCCCCAGCUCCAGGUUCUCCUUCUGCUGACGCCAUUUGGGAAGCUGCUGAAGGCUUUGCAGAUAUUCCCGCCUCCACCUGUGCCAAAAGUCCGAGGGGUCGUCGGAAAGUGGAUGUAGCGGCCGUGAAUUUACGCAUGCUUCCACCUGGCACAAGAGCGUUGUCAUCUCCUCGAAGGUAAGCGUAGCGUUUUCGACGAUUCUCCGUAGGUGGUGCUUAACCGUUCUAACUCCUGCCUCCCAUAGGCCCCCGAAGUGCGGAGCAUACGGAGGGAUGAAGCUCCAGUCCGUGCCAUCGGCUGCCAACGAAGCUGCGGCGUCUAAGUAAAAGGCGGAGGCGCCGCGGAACAUGUUGCGCAACUCCCGGUCCGCUCCGUGGAAAACGGUCCCAUUAUCGCUCAACAUGGUGGCGCAGCGACCUCUGCGACUGACGAACCUGCGAAAAGCGGCUAGGAAUGAGGCAGAGGUAAGAUCUGAGACAGCUUCAAGAUGAAUUGCGCGUGUAGUAAGGCAAAUGAACAGCGCUAUAUAUCCCUUGUAGGAUUUGUGUCCUCUUCCUGGUGAUGUCCGCAGCUUCACCGGUCCGGCAUAGUCCACCCCGGUGGAAAGAAAGGGUCGCCGAGGAGUGAUGCGCUCGAGCGGUAAGGGGGCCAUCAGCUGCGUGGUCGGCCUACCACUGUAGCGAGCACAUUUUACGCACCCUUUAAUGACGUCUCUCACCA